GGUGGCAAUGCUGGACAGUCGCCGCCAACCAGCUCGACAGAUUCAACGUGGGGUGCUAGAAAACAAGGUGAACGGGUUGGCCAGACACAUUGUGCGAGCUGCACUUAGCUCGUUCGGUUCGCUAAAGAUCCCGCACUGUUUCGUUUUUCACCGAGUCAGCGAAAAUUUUGUUCGCUUACGAUUUUGCGGCUAUGGCUCUCCGUGUAGCGUAGAAAAAGGUACAAUCCAAAACUCGUUCUGCCAGUUGAUAAAACGGUAAAAAACAGAGAGGGUCCUACACUCGUGGAUGAACUGAUUAAGUGAGACUGUGCUUUGGUGAAUUGUGAAUGAUUCUAAGCCACAGGUGUCACUGGGAGAAUUCGUCAGGAAAAUGCCUGCGAUAAAACUUUUUGGAAGAAAAUGGUUAGCAGCGACCGAUGAUCUUGUAUAUCCUGGUCUUUUUGAAAUUUUCAUUAGAGCAGUUUGGUUAAUACUGCUUGGUGCUGCUUGUUACAAAUAUUACGAGUACACAUGGAGUUGUCAUUUAGGAGGAGAGCUAGUCCGGAUAUAUCUCCUCGGAGAAAUAACAUUUCUUAUCACAUCUAUGCUUUUCAUGCUGGUCAUUGUCAGGCAUAGCGCAAAAGGAAGUAUCAUGGACACGAAGGCUCGUAAAUAUGUUGAGCCACUCUUGACAGUUAAGAUACUGUUACUCCUGCCAGAGAUAGGAUGGAACAUAUUAGGAAGUAUGUGGAUGUUUGGAUCAGAAAUCGAAUGUGGUUACGAACACUAUACAGUUAACCUGGUGAAGACUCUGGUGUUUUUCGACUGGAUUCUUAUAGGCUUAACAAUUUUUGGGUUAAUCAUUAUAUUCGAUCCGUUGGGUUCGUUGAACGAUGAGCAAUUGGAUAAUUCCACCGAGCAUGGGAAAUUUUCGAAAAACUGGAUACGGAGAUUCAAGUUUCUCUGGUGGAUGCGAAAAGAUGACAAUGCUAAAGAGACCUUUCAACAUAUCGCUGGUUUAUUAAGCUGUUUAUUUCGUGGAACGGACUUGGUACCUUCAGAUGCAGUGGCGGGGUUUAUUUUACUUCGAAUUAGACAGAAAUAUGAAACUCAUGAGUUGCGUCGGUUAAAUCUACUUCCUAGUCCAGUAUACACUGCCGACGCGUCCAUCAUUUUUCGCGAUACACCUAGCUGGAUGACUUUGGAAAGUUCUCUUCAUUAUCUGAAACUUUCAGUAGCCUGUUACGGGUGGUUAUUUGUUAUUUAUAAGCAUUGGUAUACAGGGUGUUUUCGUGUUAUCAAAAAUUUAACCUGUUGCGCUUGCUUUAGACGAAAGCCUGCUGCAAUUACUGGGGAUAAUUGCUGCUACUGUUAUUUGGCCGGUGUAACAUAUUUAUCGGGUUUAUCUACUGACGACAUAAUAUUCGCAUCGUUUAAAAAUCGUCUCUGUGAGAUACCUUACUGCGUGAUCGCCGACCAUAAAACGAAAAGUAUUGUGAUCGCAAUACGAGGUUCUCUAUCGUUACGUGAUUUGCUCACGGAUAUAGCUGCUGGUUCCGAUAUAUUCGAAUGUGAAGGCAUUCCACCUGGCUCGCAGGCACAUAAAAGUAUGAUAACAGGAGCUAGAGGAAUUUUAGAACAAUUAGAUGAAAAUAAAAUUUUCGAAAAGGCGUUCAUUACGUAUCCUGAUUAUAAUUUAAUGAUCACAGGUCACAGUCUGGGCGCCGGUAUAGGCAUUCUCUUAGCACUUUUACUACGGCCUAGAUACCCAGAUAUAAAGGUCUACGCGUUCUCCACACCAGCUGGCCUUCUGUCUCGCGAGGCUGCCAAAGUAACCGAAGAAUUCGUCCUAUCGGUCGGAGUUGGUGAUGACUUGGUGAUGAGGCUAAGCGUUGACAGUACUGAAAAUUUAAGAACCUCAUUAGUCAUGACCCUUAGAUCGUGUCAACUACCAAAGUAUAGAGUGGUAUUAAAUGGAUUAGGUUACAUGUUAUUUGGUGUACCAGAGAGGGAUCUCAAUAAAACGUGGACCAAUUGUAAUGUAAUUGCAACUUCGACGGGACAAUCACCGCUGCUUAGUGUAAAAGAGUCACAGAGAACAGAUGAAAAUGAUAUGUAUGCGGAGGAUAUAACGAAGAGAAGAUUUUCAAGGGUGAAGUUGUAUGCUGGAGGGAGGAUACUUCAUAUAAUUAAAUGCAAACCUGAAAAAGUAGAAGGGAAAAGAAAAAAGCAGAAGGCAGACGAACAAAAAUACGAAAUGCGAUGGGCACAACCAGAAGAAUUUCCAGAAUUGAUUGUAAUGCCACGAAUGCUGUUAGAUCAUUUACCAAAAUGUGUAGAAAAAGCUCUUACGGCAUUAGUAGAACAACAAAACAAAUUACCAGUUUACCUCGAUCUAUAACAUAGUCAAAAACAAAAACUAUGUGAUAAUUGAAGUAAGAAGAAAAAUGUAGUUUCAAAGUUUAUAAAUACAUUCAAUCAAA